GUAGCGUGACAACCAAAAUGGACGCUGAAUCGCAGCGUGUUUUGGACUACUUGUCAGAAGUAGAGGAGGCAGCUGAGGAUGUCCUCACCGCUAAACAGCAGAUUGUGGACCUGGACUCAAAGAGAAACAGGAACAGAGAGGCACUGAACGCACUGAAAAAUGAACUGUCAGAUUCAGAGAAAGUGAAGGUUUGCUUUGGAAACAUGUUCAUCAAAUUUCUCAAAUCUAAGACGAGAGAGAUGAUCCAGAGAGACCAGGAACAGCUGGACAAGGAGAUCAAUGACCUUCGCAAGGGACUGAAAGCUAAAGUCAAUCGUCUCAAUGAGAUGCAAGGCAAACCUGAGCUGAGAGGCUACAGCCUGUCUCCUCUGUCCACCAACGAAGUCAAAGCUAUUAACAGUCUUUUAAAGAGGUGACAUCGGACAGCCCAUCAGAUCUCCACACGCAGAUCUCAGCUCUUUCCUGUGAUUUGGUGAAGUUGCACUCAAACCGGUGAUGGACAAUAUGGGUGAAAGUGUAAUUUUGUACAAGUAUUCAGGCAGGAAUGCCUUAUUUAAGUUAAACCAACUAAGGAGGUACUUGAAAAAGUGCUUAGUAACAUCGAUGCCAAUGAAUUAACACCACUGCUAUAAUGAUGUAGUACACACAGAGAGUUUGGGAUUGUUAGGGCAGUAAAACAGUCAAUCCACAAUGACCCCCCCAAAAGGAUCUUGAUAAGCUGUGUGCUUUGAAACAGAAUGUAACUAGAGUCAGAGGAAACCUGCAUGUAAACGCUGAUUGUGAGCACAGCUACUCUGUGUAUUCAAAGCAAUGCUCAUGAUACUCUGGAGUCUUGUCUGCUCUGUUUUGUUUUUGUUACAGUUGUUGCUGCUGUGGCGUCUGUGUUCUGUAUUCACCGACCUUUACAGCUAGCGUUCUAGUUAGCUUACUGCGAACCACGUCCACAGCAAUGAUGUUCCAAAAUAAUAAAAAUUGUUCAAGAAUAAUUCACCAAAGAAAGCAAAUUGACUGUUUGUUAUAAUUAUGACUUCAGUAUCUCAUGAUUAGAAGUCACUAUAUCAGAUGUUAAAUUGCAUUCUGUGAUCUAUCAGAUAGUUCAGCUACAUUUCCACUGUAAACAUGCUUAUCAUACUUUAUUGCAUGUUUUAUUCUGAUAGGUGUUACUAAAUAGCAUCACAGUAUGUAGUUAGGAUUACAAAUACUGAUAUGUUGGGUUCAUUUCAGAUACAUGACUUUGUAUUCAUAAAGGACUUGCACAGUGUUUACUUAUGAACUGUUCUGCUUCUCAUUUUUUAGUUUAGUUUAAUACAUAACCUCUCAUGCAGGGUACUGCUGCUUUAUUCCAUGUACAUUACAGCAUUACCUGCAUAUGUGA